AUGGCCACUCUUCACAUCACGAAGAACACCAAGGCCCUUGCAGGAGCUCUUUACCUAAGCAAUAAGUCCAAAGUAAUGCAUGAUCCCUCCUCUCGAGGCUUUUUCCGAGGCGGUAUCGUUUUUGCUUUGCCAAAUGGUAGCUUCGGCGAGCACCGAGUCGUGGAGAUACAGAAGGAAAUAGCAGAACACAAGGAAUUCGAGAGCACGACCGUCUUCCACCAGCUGCUUGCCAGUGACAUGCCCGAGUCCGAGAAGAGCCUGAAGCGCCUUUCUGCAGAGGCGUUUGCGCUUCUCGUCGGAGGAACUACGACUAUUCAGGGUACCCUGACGGUUGCUGCCUACUACAUCCUGGCUGAUAAGCAGAUCGAGGACCGUUUGCGCGGGGAGCAGGAGCAGUUCUCUUAUAAGGAGGGCACCCCUCCCUAG